AUGGCUCCUCGACCCAACGAUUGCGGUUACGGGAAGGUCUCUACUUCUGAAGACAUUACGACCGACGAUGAAAGAGGCACAUUCCUUGGGGUGCAGAGACACACUUUAGUCUCUUCGCUUCCCCGGGAAACCCAGAGCAUUGCGAUCAUCUUGGUUGCUUUCUUGGGUCUUUUGAACCUCUCGCUUGUGAUUUUCAUUGGACACCAAUACUCACAGCGGGGGGUAUCGAACCCAGUUUUCCCUCAGUCAAUCUACUUACCCAUUCAAGAGGCGCUCCGCUACAAGGAGGUGCUGUUCACCAGCGGUUUUGGUGACGAAAGAACAAAGUACAUGGGCAACUCCACUGCCGCAGACCAAGCCUGGUACGAGCUCUACCCCAGGACGGUAGUGCGUAUUCCGAAGUCCUCGGCAGACCAACUGGUAAAUAAGACGCUUCCGAUUGCUGGUAACGAGGAUUAUUUCCCUGUUCUCAUCAGCGUUUUCCACGAGCUGCAUUGUCUAGAUUCCAUCCGCCAUCUCUACUAUGGACAUGUUGAGGGAUUUUCCGAGGACCCAAUAAUCAACAAGGCGAUCCUCGCGCCGGGCCACAUCGACCACUGUUUUGACUCGCUGCGACAGACCAUCAUGUGCAACGCCGAUAUCUCUCCUGUUCCUUAUCAGUGGGUGGAGUCUAGGGGGAAGGCAAUGGGAUCCCUGGGUGUUCCGCACACCUGCAGAGAUUACGACGCGCUUCUAGAAUGGGCAAUGCGACCCGAGCAUGAUAUUGGUGACUGGGAUGAGUCUAUCAAGCCCAGCACCAUUCCCUGA